CACAAGACACAUACUGCAGUCACAUGAACAUGAAGUCUCAUAUUUGGUAUUCAAUUGUGGUUUAUGUCAUAGUGUUAAGCUUGGAAGGUAAAAGUAGGGUUUUUGGAGAGCCUCGAGCACCUUGUUACUUCAUAUUUGGUGACUCUUUGUCAGAUAAUGGGAACAACAAUAAUCUUGUAACUAGAGCUAAAGCAAAUUAUAUACCUUAUGGUAUUGACUUUCCAGAAGGUACUACCAGGAGAUUUUCUAACGGUGGAAACGUUGUUGAUUUUAUUGCUGAAAAAUUGAACUUUUCGAAUUAUAUCCCACCUUUUAUGAAUACAAGGGGUUUCAAUAUUGCUCAAGGUGUAAAUUAUGCAUCGGGAGCAGCAGGAAUUCGCAAAGAAACUGGACGAGCACAGGGGCAAGUAAUAAGCAUGGACGAACAAUUGAGGAACCAUAAUCUUAUAAUUCGUCAAAUCCGUCAAUCAAUGAGAAACAAUGACAGUGCUACAAUGACAUACCUUAAACAAUGUUUAUACAUGGUUGAGAUAGGUAGCAACGAUUACCUGAAUAACUAUUAUGUGCCAUCUUUUUAUCCAACUAGUAGCCUAUUUUCUACACAAGAGUAUGCCAAUGUCUUAAUCCAACAACUCUCUUCACAAUUAAAGAGUUUGUAUUGUAAAGGAGCUAGAAAGAUUGCUACUUUUGGAGUAGGGCUUUUAGGGUGUACUCCAUAUGCAAGAGCCACCUUUGAAACCAAUGGAUCUCCAUGUGUGGAUAAUAUCAAUGAUGCCACACAACUAUUCAACAUUGGCCUCAAGUCCCUUGUUGAUCAGCUCAAUUCUCGUUACAACGAUGCCAAGUUUACCAUGAUUGACGUUGCACAAAUUUCCACUGUUCAACCUCCUAAUCAAGGUCAAAUAAUUUCAGAUGUUCCUUGUUGUGAAGUCCAAUCUGAUAAUGUGCAAUGUGUUCCUUUUGGAAGAGUAUGUGGCAAUAGGAGUGGUUACUUAUUUUAUGAUGGUGUUCAUCAAACAGCGUUUGGAUAUGAGGGUUUGGCUAAUAGAUCCUUUAUUGCCCAAUUUCCUAAUGACACUUACCCUUGUGAUAUUCAACAACUUGUUCAACUCAAACUCCCUUCUUAAAAAGCUUGUCCAACUUCAAUAAGUCUUUAAGUUGCUUUUUCUGUGAGAAUUCACAAGAUGUUUAGAAGAGUAAUGUUAUAUCUAUAAUAAUUUUAUGUCUCUUAAUAUCAAUUAUGGUGUAAUGUCAAGUUCAACAUCUAAUAAACAUCUCUAAAAAUCAU